CUCAGGUGAGAGAUGGGGAGAGAUGGGGAGAGAUGGGGAGAGAUGAGUCGAGCGGUGGGGGAGGUGGCGGUGCGUGUGGCUCAGGUGAGAGAUGGGGAGAGAUGGGGAGAGAUGAGUCGAGCGGUGGGGGAGGUGGCGGUGCGUGUGGCUCAGGUGACGUGCUCGCGCCGCACCUCGAUGAAGGAGAAGGCGCAGCUGGCGCAGCAGGAGGUGCUGUGGCAAGAGAUCAAGAUGUCGCGCUCGGCGAGCGCAAAGGCCAGCGCUCUCGCGCGCCGACGACGCGACACUGGAAGGCGGUGGUGGCGGUGGUGACAUGGCGAUAUGGUCGCCAUAGGUUGCCCUCGCGCGCGCCAACUCGCUGAUCGCCGCCGAGCAAGCGGGCGCCGCCAUCGUCGCUCCAAAGGGCAACAAGGCGCAGUGGCACGCCAACUUCGCCGUCGACGAGUUCGCCACCGCGCUGCGCGACGUGCCCGUCGUCAAGCUGCCUCCGGGCGGCGGCGGUGGGGAGACGCCGCCUCCCUGCGGCCUGGUCGCCCUCGCGCCAGGCCAGUCGCUUGCAGACCUGCUGCACAUGCUUCGUGUCGAGCACGGCUUCGGGCCGCACGUGCGCGUCUCGUGCCACGCGCCCUCGAGCGGCGAGUCGGUGCUGCUGACCGCCCUUCCGCCGCCGCUCGAGCUGCUCCCCCUCCUCCCCGACGUCGACGACGUGGAGUUGCGCGUGAGCGAGCCGCUCUGAGCGCUGGGCGCGCGCGGAAAAACCUAGUCUCUAAGAGCUUUGCGCGCGCGUCGUUCGUGCGGGAAAUCGUUCUUACUUUCCUCACAUAUUUUGGAUUUCU